CAUAUAAAGUUUUGGUAACACUGAUUUUCUUCAUAAAUGUGCGUCCGUUUUAUUAAAUGCUAGUCUGCUGUAACUUACCGAGUGUGAUGACGGCACAGCUGAUGUACAUUUAGUGACGUACACAAAACCCCAUAAAAGGCAGAGCUGAAAAUGACAAAAUGACAACUAAACAGUGAAAGAGCAGCUCCUAUGUGUGGCAUGUGCUUCUACAUUUUAAUAACUAAUGAAAAAAUUGUACAUAAUGUAAGCAGACUUUGUCUCUAUAAUCUUGUUUGUUAGAGGCAUUUUGUCCUUCCACCUUUUUAUUCCCGGUGUGGAUCAGUUCCGUUUGGGUCCAGCAGGGUGUGCCGUUGCAGACUUUAUCUAUUUCUCUCUGUAAUGAGCAAUUAAAUGUUCAUGUAAACUUCAGAAGUAACCAGAGCCUCCGUGUGUAAGAAAUAUUAAUCAUCUGUGUCUAAAAGAGCGAAAUAUUAAGUGAAACAUUGCUUCAGAUUUGUAUUAAUGAGCUCCAAACUCAGCAUGACAGAUUAUUUAAUCGGUUUCAUAGCUUCCUGUGUGGGAGGUGUGAAAAUGAAGAUGACAUGGUUCCUUCCUCACUUUAUUUACACUCCUUUAACCUGUCAUAUGUUUACAUAAAGCAAGAAUGGACCACACCAAUAACACACACACUCGCACGCACAAGAGGUGUCUACUGACAUUCCAACACAUCCUUAAACUGUCAGCUGUGAUGAAGACGCCAGGAUAAGUGAAGAAGAGAGUGUUCUUCAUUACAGGCUCCAGGCUAUCUCUAUAUAAGUGCUGAUCUUCAGAGUCACAGCUGCCGGAGUUCAUUCACACAGCCUGCAGGACUGACCCGGGAUUAGCUGAAGUGUUCAAAUAUCAUCGCAAGACCCACUGAAGGAAGAGAGAAAGCCUUAUGAGAUGGAGGGUCGAGAGAAUCAUAUCAACAUUCACAUGAUCGAGGACGUGGGCCAGAAUGGGACGUCAAGAGUCAUCACCAAAGAUCCGGUGUCACGGCCGCACAGAGCCACCGUGAGCUUCCACAACAUCCAGUACAGCGUGACAAUGAAGAGUAGGUCCUGUAAGAAGAAGAGCGUCACUAAGAACAUCUUGGUGGACCUCAACGGAAUUAUGAACCCUGGUUUAAAUGCUAUUUUAGGCCCUACAGGAAGUGGCAAAUCUUCGUUUUUGGAUGUGCUUGCAGCAAGGAAGGACCCCUCGGGGCUUUCUGGUGAAGUCCUGAUCGAUGGAGCUCCACAGCCAUCCAAUUUCAAAUGUCUCUCUGGCUACGUUGUACAGGAUGAUGUGGUGAUGGGCACUCUGACUGUGCGGGAGAAUCUGCGCUUCUCGGCUGCACUUCGUCUUUCAUCCUCUGUAAAACAGAAGGAAAAGGAGGCCCGAGUUAAUCGUCUCAUUUCAGAGUUAGGACUCAGUAAAGUGGCAGACAGAAGGGUGGGCACUCAGUUGAUUCGUGGCAUCUCUGGAGGCGAACGAAAGAGGACCAGCAUUGGUAUGGAGAUGAUCAUUGACCCCUCUGUACUGUUCCUGGAUGAACCCACCACAGGCCUGGAUGCCAGCACCGCCAACUCGGUUCUACUGCUGCUCAAACGAAUGGCCAAUAAUGGACGUACCAUUAUCAUGUCCAUCCACCAGCCACGCUACUCCAUCUACCAGCUUUUUGACAACCUCACGCUGCUGGUCAAUGGCAGACAAGUCUACCACGGACCGGCCCAUGAUGCACUGGACUACUUCUCCAACAUUGGUUAUACAUGUGAAGCCCAUAACAACCCAGCAGAUUUCUUCCUGGAUGUCAUUAAUGGAGACUCCGUAGCUGCAACUAUGGCCAGACUGCAGAUUGCAGAAGAUAUAGAGUUCAAAGAGCCUGGAGGCACAAGGCAGAGCAUUGAAGAGCGUCUCGUGGAGGAAUACGGGAAAAGCUACUAUGCUCUGGAAACCAAGGCUGAACUGGAGCGUAUCAUGAGGGGCAAAGAGUACAGCACCAAACCCAAGUCCCGCACCAUCACCUACAACUGCGGUUUCUUCCACCAGCUAAACUGGGUCGUGAAGAGAACCUUCCGGAACCUGAUGCUGAACCCUCAGACCUCCAUUGCACAGUUGGCAGUGACUACCUUCUUGGCACUCAUUGUUGGCGCCAUUUUCUUUGGAGUGAAGGACAACCAGAGCGGCAUACAGAACAGGUUUGGAGCUCUGUUCUUCAUUACGACUAAUCAGUGUUUCAGUACACUGUCAGCUGCUGAGCUUUUCAUCACUGAGAAGAAGCUCUUCAUACAUGAAUACACCAGCGGUUACUACAGAGUGUCUGUAUACUUCCUGCCUAAGAUCCUGUGUGACAUAAUCACUCUACGCACGAUUCCUGCUGUAGUCUUCACGUGUAUUGUCUACUUUAUGAUUGGAUUAAAGCUCACACCAGCAGCAUUCUUCAUAUUCAUGUUCACAGUGAUUCUAGUGGCGUACACAGCCACAGCUAUGACCAUGGCUAUCUCUGUUGGUCAGUCUGUUGUGGCUGUCGCAAACAUCUUCCUGACCAUUACCUUUGUCUUUAUGAUGAUCUUUUCUGGCCUGCUGGUGAAUCUGGAUAGUGUCAUGGCCUGGCUCGCCUGGCUUAAGUACUUGAGCAUCCCGCAUUACGGACUCACGGCUUUGGAGAUCAAUGAGUUUGUGGGACUGAAUUUCUGUGAGAAUCUCUCUGAUGAACUAAUAUCCAACAACACUCAGGGAAUCACCUGCACAGGUGAGCAACAUCUCCAGGCCCAAGGAAUCGACUACUCUACAUGGGGAUUAUGGCAGAACCACAUGGCCCUGAUAAUCAUGACCAUCAUAUUCCUUAUCAUCGCCUACAUCAAGCUCAGGUUCAUGCGCAAGUACUCCUGAGUGCUGAGACGCCUGUUCCUUUGACUUGUCUUUCCUGAAGAGUAGCCACAUUCUUUUCUUUUCAGCCGGACUUCGAAGAUUUCAAGGUGUGUAACUACAACAGUGAGAGAUCCCAUGUGGAGGCCAACAGCUUGGAAGGAUCUGCAUUUGGUCAAAUUGUCAAAAGUUGCUUGUAAUGAUGAAGGAUUUAAACAGAUAUUUAUUCUAAAUGAUGUAACUUCACAUAAAUAAUACCUUGAGGCCAGUUGUCUAAGCAAUACACUGGGCAGCUAAAUUCUCAGCCUUUAUUUCUAAGGAAUGACACAAAGUAUUUAGAGUUAUGCUUUUUCAGUGUAGAUUAUAAAUAAGGUUUUUGAUUUUAGUCCAAUGAACGUAAUUGUAAAUAGUGAAAGUGAUCAGGUUUUAUACAUUGUAUCUUCUUUUUAAAUGUUGUAAUUAAUGUUCGCAAUUCUAUUUUAUAAACCCAUAUACGAUAAAUAAAGCAUCACUCAACUUGCACACAAAAUGUCUGGCCGAACUUCAGAUUUGUGUUUUCUUCCUGAUUUUGUGUUCCUCGAUGUUUCUGAAAGGAGUGAGUUUUACUUCAUAUGGAACAAGUCCACUUUUAAUACGGUAUGAUAAAGUUCUCUGAAUUCCAGUCAAUAACAACCCCUGCUGCAUCUCUCUUUAAGUUCAGACCUUCUAGAUAUAAACAGAAAAUUAAUAUUAACUAUUAUUAUUGUUUUUGAUUCACACUGAUGCAGUCAUUAAUGCUUUCAUUAACGUGGCAAUACUGGCAUACAAAACUAAUGUAAAUAGAUUCAAAACUAAUUAACAGUAUUAAACUCUGCUCAAGCUCAGGAUCGAGUCUGGAGCAGUGCCAAUGAGCCGCCCUUACAUGAAAUAUCACAUAGCUUCAUUAUUUUAUGUUUUACACAAAUUUAUGAUUUCAACAAAACUCUAUAUUCUCCUGACACAAAUACUGUAUAUGGGAUUUGUAAACGUGAGAGCACAGUCCAAACCGAACCAAUUUAAUCCUGCACUUCAAAGCAGACUAAUCUGUUUUAAUGUGGACUAAUCCCUCACUACACAUCAGUCACACCGGAGAUCAGCCUCACACAGACACACAUUUUUACACAAAAUCCAUCAAGAAUAGCUGCCUAAACCUGUUCGACACUGUGCCUUAGCUGCACCAGUCAAAUCUGUUGAGGUGAUCGUUGACCCUUGUUGAUCAUGGGUAUAACCUGGAUACUGUAGAUUGUACCUUCUAUCUCACUAUCCAGUGUCAUGGUUCAGUGCAACACAGGCGGUUUUCUGUCUCUGUGGAAAAACACCCAGAACUGUGAAAAUGUCCAAAUAGUUUAUUCUCAAACACUGCAGAUAUUAAAACAGUAUUGAUUAAAACAUUCAGAAAUACAGAGCCAAAUCUCCAGAGCUGUUUGCUGAUAAAAGUUCUGCUCUCACUGGAAUGUGCUCACAUUAUACAUAUACGUUGGCAAAUAGAAAAAUAUAGCGCCAUACUGAAUCAUACUGAAUAUCAGCCUUAAUAAAGGAUAUAUAAAAUGCAAAAAAAAAAAAAAA